AUACUACCUUGUAUUGAAACCCAAAGAGAAUGAUAAUUCCUUAACAAUAUAAGUAAAUAGACAAUUUGCCUAACGAACAAUUUGAGUGGUUUGGAGAUCAAAUUGGUGCUUGGUUGGUAUUAACGAUCCUUGUGUCAACCAAAUCCGUGUUUCAUGGAAGAGGAUGACAAGUUUGCCGUUGAGGAGGCACGAGUUCAACGGACGGAGGCGACAUGCUGCAAAGAGAAGGCAGUGUUGGUGACUGUGUAUGUAGAGCGUCCGAGGAUCAAGAGGAAGGUGUCACAAAAUCACCAUCACCAUCAUCACCACCACCACCAUCAUCUUCGUCAAACCAUCAAACGAGAGUUAAUCCUCCAUAACCAAGGUCCUUCUGGUAAAGGGUAUGAUAGGAGAGCUCAACUUCUUCAGUACUCUCAACAUCUUCGAGAGUCUGCUCGAUCAGAAACACGACCACCCCAACCCUCACCAUUGAAGCCAACUUCUUCUAGCAACCAGAAACCUACAAGCGAAAUUGUUGCUGUCCAAACACAAUCAAAACGUCCUGGAACUCCAGCUUGCCGUGGCAGCCGGAAAAUCCUGAUUCCAAACUUCUUCAGAUCUUUGACAAGUUCCAAAGCUAAGAAAGAGAGAAAGAAGAAGAAACAGAGUGGAUCGAUAAGCAAUACGAUUAAACCUGCCACCAAAAGUUUAGAGAUGCCAAAAAGGAAGCGGGGGUUCAUUUCAAACUGUUUUUCAGCAUUUCAAAAGCAUAGCUGAAGCUUCAUUUGGCUAACUUCAACAAUUACAGGAAUAUAAAAUGGGAAAA